CGGGAGAUGCUUCUGGGGUUUCGUACGGCCACCCGUCACUAAUUACUGUUAAAAAAAUACUACUUUGAAACUUUGAUCAAUGAUUCUGGGGAACCCAGAUCAUUUUUUUAUUCUGAAGAGUUUUUCGCUGUUUCAUCUGAUGCUCAUCGGCGGUUCGGCCUCAUUACUCAGUGAUGUACGCUGUUUGGCGGACAGUUAGCUUGACUUGUUGCCUAAGCAGCUGAUGCUAACCAUUAGCUGAUGCUAACCGUUACGUGACGCUAGUUAGCUUAGUUAGCCGUGAAGCUAACGGUCCUGUGAGCGGACUCUGGCCGCAAAUGGACCUGGCAGCACCGCUGAGUUGUUGUUUACGCCUUUAGUUAGCUUUGGGCCGACCGGAGGCGGAGGGUUUCAGGGCCAGGGUAGGGGGGACCCAAACCGGCACUGGAAUGGGGACUAAAACCGGUAAGAAAACCAGAGGAAGAGUUAAGAUCAAAAUGGAGUUCAUAGACAACAAGCUGAGAAGGUACACAACCUUCAGCAAGAGGAAGACCGGCAUCAUGAAGAAGGCCUACGAGUUGUCCACGCUGACCGGGACUCAGGUGUUGCUGCUGGUGGCCAGUGAGACGGGUCACGUGUACACCUUUGCCACCAGGAAGCUGCAGCCGAUGAUCACCUCCGAGACGGGGAAGGCUCUGAUCCAGACGUGCCUCAACUCUCCAGACUCCCCCCCUCGCUCCGACCCGUCCUCCGACGCGUCCUCCGACCAGAGGAUGAGCGCCACAGGCUUCGAGGAGACGGACCUCACCUACCAGGUGACCGAGGCUGACGGUGGCUCUGAUGUUGCUAAGGAUGUGAUCAAACCAGCUUUCAUGGCCAGCACCACACAGCCCACUUCCUCUUCCUCCACGGUGUCCAUGCAGGUGCAAAGCGGCGUCCCCUCCUGGCAGCCUCCCUCCUGCACCAACGGGACGCUGCUGAAGACUUCAGCUGGCGUCAUUGUCCCUGGAGGCUUCACUUUGAUGUCAGGUGCCUCCAUACCCCCGGGCACACACUCCAUCCCCCUCAGCCAGCUGCAGGGCCCUGGCUCCGCCUCCACGCUGGCUCAGCAACCACAGCCGACCACGCUGCUCCGCCUCCCAACCACUGUGUCGCUGUCAGGAGGCGGGGUAUCUCAGCAGCUACAGACCAUCCAGAUUCAGCACAGCAGUAAGCAGACCUCCACCAAUCAGAACAGCUCAGACAUCCACAACCCUGCCUUCUCCACUGCAGCCAGUCUCCAUGCCCCCGGGAUGUCCUCCUCUUCGUCGUCUUCAUCAGUGGCGGGUCACAUGAUGUACCCUGGCAGUCACGCGGUGAUGUACGCUACACCGACAUCGUCACUGAGCGAAGGCAGCCUCGCUGUUCUCAAUGCUUUCCCCCCGACAAGCCACGCCCAGUCACAUGACCCAGGUUCUCUUCCUCAGGUCUUUUUCACCUCCCUCCCUCCCGUUACUGCUCAGAUCCCCGUCUCCACCGUCCAGCUGCACCCGAUGCUGAUCAGUCAGCAGAGUAGCAGUCCCCUGACGGAGCUGCAGGUCGUUAGUUUGGAUGUCCACCAAUCAAAGGACGUCUGACGGUUCCAUGAUCAUCGGACACUUCAAACAGGAAGGAACAUCAGAGACUCCCACAAUAAAGUCCUCUAGUAUUUUCAAAAUAUAACAAACAUUGAAACCCUCUUCUCUCAAAUACUUUGCUCCUCUUUUGUUGUUAAAGUGAAUGUAGUGACGAUGUCAUCAGACAUCAAGUUAAGUCGAAAGCUUCAUACCACGAUGACCAAUCAGACCUGAAGGACCUGGUCAUGACAUUGUUUACAUUAAAGAUGUCUGUAGCUUUAAAGUCACAAAGUGAGCAGGUUGGUCCUCAGCUGUCUGACCUUGUGUUUAUUUAUUUAUACAGUAGUGAUGUCAUCAGUAAUUGUUGCUAUCGGUAAUAUGUCAGUACGGACUUGGAGGGAAAAUGUGAUUUCCUGCCAACUGGAGAAUAAAGAUGAAUAAAUCAUUUUAAAUAUUAAGGUUUGUGAUUAGGUUUAUAUACAUAAUUGUAUAUAUGAAUUAACUUCCUGAGUUCAACU